AUGAAAAUAAUUAUUAAUUUCGAUCGAUUAGCAAUUCAUUACCAAAAAAUAUUAACAUUUAUUAUUAUUACAAUCGAUAUGAUAAUAACGAGUGAUUUUGAUGUAAUUUCAAUUUAUGGAAAUAAAUUAAUUGAAAUACUUGUAAACUUAUUAAAACGUUGCCAAAAUCAAGAAAAAAAGGAUUUUUUAAUAAACGAUAGAUUACUCAUCGGAAUAGGGUCUUGUCUUUGGGAAUGUAUAAUUCAGUCUUUAGUGAUGAUAAAUAAACUUGUAGAAAUGGACGGACCGUACUUGAUUUUAGAUUUAAUAGAUCAAUCAAAUUAUCUUAUACAAAAUGUUUACCUGGGUCUUAUAACAGACUUGUGCUUCAGCUCACUUUGUACUCCGUAUAUUUGCACAUGGAGAGGUGCUGAUAAGACAAAGACUUUGAUAUCUUUGUUAGCAAGAGUAUGGAGAGAUGAAGAAAAUCGAAUAGGAGUAAAACGAACUCCAGACGACGUUGAAUUACCUUUGAUGGGAAUAGAUCAAUGUAAACAAAAUAUUUUUAUAAAAAAUCAUGGUGAUUUUAGUCCUGCAAUUGCCGCGAUAUUUGGUUCUUUAAGACCAAAAGUCUACAGUAUAAGAAAAAUAUUACUUAUUGAUUCGGAAAUUUGUGGAAAAUUGCGCGAGCAUUACAAAAUUUUUUUAUAUGACUUACCAAUUGAAGAUUCCAUAACAUUUUGUAUUGUGGAUAAAUUCUUCAGAUUUGUACAAGGUCAAGUAUGGGCUGAAGUAAUUAGUCAUAUAAAACAAUUUGGUAUAAUUCCAGUUGGUACUGACGGAGAAAUGUUGCUUGUAAUGAGACAAAGACAUCGGAAAUAUGCAUUAUAUGUUCGAGAUCGUCAAGAAAAACUUUUACGAGAUCUUAAAAGACAUGAAAUGAUUAAAGAACGAAAUGAGCUUAUAAAAAUUCGUAAUGCGGCUCUAUCUUCCACACUUAUAGCUUUUGAAAGAAUGAUAAAAAAAAAUGCUAAUUACUGUCAGUAA